CCGCCAACUAGAGACUUAAGAAAUGCAUAGUGGAAACUGAGGCACCCCUACAGUAUUCAGAGGAAACAUUAAGAACAGUCCCGCUUUGUCACAACUUGCCUGGCUCCCAGCAAGGUGGUUUGGCUGGGGAUUGGAAAGGGGGUUAGAAGGCUGAGCAUUGCUACCAAAAAACCUUCCCUCAUGACGCCCCCAACCCUGACACCCCCUUCUACCCAAUAUACCCCUGCCAACAACAACAAUAAAAGAGGAAAUGAAUAAAAUCUUAAAACCCCCAAAUCUACACCAAGCAGAGAGAGAGAUGCACCAGAGACCCCAUGAAAUUCACUGGGGACUUCUCUAUUGCUCCUGAUUUAAUGUGGAAGCUGUCCAGAAACUACAGUGACGGGUGACAGAAUAAAACCCAUACAGUAUCACAGACCUGGCUUGUGUGUAAUAAGAUCUGUGUAUGAGAGAGAACCUGAUGGUGGUCAGAGAGAUUAAGGCCAGAAGGGAUCUUAUAGCCUGAUCUCCAGUAUAUCACACAUUGCCAACAGCACCCUCACACAAACCCUACAACUGAAAUGAGACCAAAUUAUUCCAGCCCCCAGGGGACUAUGCUGUUCUGUGCCCCAGGCAGAGAAUAGGAGGGACCGAGGGGGGAUGAGAGGGCCUCGGAGCGGGUGUAGCUUUCGACAGCACAGAGCAGUGCUUUGCCCCAUCGGAUGGGGCAUUACAGCUGGACUGGCCAAAACACUGAAGACUAGACUAGCUUGGCCAAGGGGGAGUGGAGCCGGUGGCUGAGGAAGCCUUUUCCAUCUCUAAUCCUGCUACAGUUCUGUGCUCAUACCUCAUCCUCUGGCUGUUUAUAUCGUGGCAGUACCUAGGAGCUCCAGUUAUGGCCCCCAUGGUGCUAGGCGCUGUACAUACACAGAAUAAAAAGACCGUUCCUGCUCCAAAGAGGUGACUGUCCAAGCAUAAGACAAGAGACAACAGGUGCACACAGACAGAAUGAUGGGGGAGCACAAAAUCGGCAGGUGAAACUGACCUGUCUAGUCCCUGUCCCAAAGUGUGAGUGAGUGAUAUAAAUGAGUGACCAGCACGUUCACUCGUUCAAAAUUGAGUUGGAUGUUUAAGUCUUGCAGCGAACCCAUCUGAUCCCCCCAGACAAAGCCAGCUGGAGGCAGAGGGUGGCAGAGGAGCCCUAGGAGUUGUGGGAGCUGGUUGUGAUUCAGUGGGGGCUCUUGUCUCUGAAUUGGCCUCAACUCCAGUCCUCCCGAAAGGGGCCAGGGCCGCUUCUGGGCUGAGAUGUAAAACGGAGUUCCUGAUUAUCUGCGAUCACUAAAGGACACCUAGGCACUUCUCAGAAGAGCCUUGAUGUUUGUCCUGUGUCCUGGUCUGGUAAUUCUAGUGUCCUUACGACUUCUCCUUCCUUGCGUACAUCCCAUCCUUCUUCAUCAGAGAGCAGCUCAUUCAUGAUGCAUCAGGGAAACAGACAAGUAGGUGACUUAGUCAUCUACUUUCACUCAUGUAUCUCUACAAUUCCCGCGGCAUUUCAGCUGCUCCCAGAAUUCAUCACAUCCUGCCUUACACCGCUGCAUAAUGUUGCUGCGAGCUGUUCGAUAGCUGCAUCAUGCCGCUGCAGAGGCAGCGGCAUGUCACUGUUAGGUGAAGUGAUCCGAGUGUUUGCCUUGGGCAUCAGCCUGUAGGUUUGCAAAAUGCUUUGAAGUCCUUUGGGCCAGUAGUGGUUAUUGUUACAAUUCAAAAAUAUACAUUAUUCAUGACCGGUAAGAACUUUAGCCAGGCUUUUAAAAAGAGAUUGUAUUUCGAGCACCUCGAUAUUGGGUAUCCAAUCCAACCUGAGACACCUUAAAAGGAGGGGCCUGCUUUUCACCCUGAGAACUCUUCUAAAAAUCCAGCCCGUUUACAGUAUCUCUGGGUGGGCCCCCAAAAUCACAUCUCUCUUUUGCAAAUCGUUGCUUAGUGUCUCCUGAAAAGUCCACACCUUAAAAGGAGGCACCUCUGGAGUCUUGUGCUCUCCAGCCCUUUCAGUGCCGUCUGUAUCUUUUCAGAAAGAGAUUUACUCCUCCGCAGCCCGGUGCAGGUUGGUGAGUGAAAGGCAAUGAGUGCAGAAGUGGUGACUGCAGAGCCCGCCGGAGGAGAGAUGGAUGCCCUGUGCCCAGGGCUGCUCUUGCCCACCUCGGGAGAGGCAGGAACCGGAGGAAGUCAGGGGACCUCCAGUGACUGCGUGGCAGGGACGUCCCCGCUGACUGUGGGACAGAGCUUGUUGCUGACGGAUGCGUCCAUGGCUGGGGACGGAGCUCAUGCAGAAGCAGCUGAGGUGGAAAUAUUUGUAGAGGCUGUGGCAGGCAACGUGUCUCUGAGCAGUCCAGGCAACACCACAGAGGUCUUGGUCAAAGUGGUUGAGCUGUAUUUCUGCCAGAGGUGCGGCCAGAGCUUCUCUGACCCCAGCCUGCUGACCCAGCACCAGUGCAUCACGUUAGCAGCCCCCCAGCACCUGGAGCUUCCGGGGGAGCUGCCGGCCCUGCCCAGCGAAUGCAGGGGAGAACCAGCUGUCUGCCAGGAGCCGGCGCAGAGCUCGCCAGGAGCAAGCGGGCAGGACGGGGACCUGGGCUCCGCUGCUGAGCGACUGCUGUGCCCCGUUUGCAGGGGGGAGUUUGUGCUGCCCAGUGAGCUCAAGGAGCAUUUUAAGACCCAUCGCAGCAUCCCGGGGGCCUUGGCCUGCCCUGAAAAAGUCUGCCACUUCACCGCGGCGGACCGCAAGCAGCUGCGUGGGCACCUGCGGCGCGCCCACCAGGUGUCCCCCGUCUCCUGCGCCUACCGCGCCUGCCCGCUCUUGUUCCGGAGCUGCCAGGACAUGAAGCUGCAUCACAGGAGUCACUUCCCCUUCCACUGCGGCCGCUGUGACUUCGUCAGCUCCAACGCCAAGCUCUUCAGGCAGCACACACAGGGCCACUCGCCGGAGAGCAGGGGGGGCCGCGAGCCCCCCGCCGAGACGGGGCGGACGGAGGCGACCUGCAAGUGCGACUUUGCUGCCAUGGGCGGGCAGGUCCCCAGCAAGUCCCUGCGUCUGCACUGCGCUACUGGGGAGAUGGUAGAGGAGGCAGAGAGUUCCCUAGAUCAGACCAGCUGGGAAGCAGCAGAGGAGGUGGCUGGCCACAGCGUCCCUGGUGGCACCAGGGAAGCAUCUGACGAGGGUCAGAGACUGUCGGCAGAGGAAGAAGACUCUGAGAGCACAGGUGAUGAAUCGCUGGAGGAGGAAGAGGCGGAGAGCCCCUAUGAGGCAGAAGCCAAAGGAGAUGAGAAAGUGGCUUCUAAGAAAGCCAAGGCACCUCGGGCCCAGCAGUUCAAAGGGGAUGUAGCGGAGGGCUCCGAAUACCUCUUCAAAACCCACAUGUGCCCGGAGUGCAAACGGUGCUUCAAGAAGCGGACGCACCUGGUGGAGCACCUGCACCUGCACUUCCCAGACCCCAGCCUGCAGUGCCCCAACUGCCAGAAGUACUUCACCAGCAAGAGCAAGCUGAAAAUCCACAUGAUGCGAGAGAUGGGGGAGAAAACUCACCGCUGCCCGCUCUGCCACUACAGCUCGGUGGAGAAGAACGCCCUCAACCGCCACAUGGCCAGCAUGCACGAGAACAUCUCCAACUUCUACUCCGACGUCUACGCCUGCCCCGUCUGCCAGGAGACCUUCCGGCUCAGCCAGGCGCUCAAGGACCACCUGAAGACCCACAAGACCGAGCCGAAGAGGCUGAGCUGCUUCCAGGACGACUGCGGCUACUGCAGCGAAGACCGCAAGGAGUUCAUCCGCCACCUCAAGGAGGCCCACAGCAUCAGGGCGGUGGAGUGCAAGUACCACGCCUGCUCCCUGCUCUUUGGCACGGCCGAGGCCAUGGAAGCUCACCGCAAAACCCACUACGCCUUCCACUGCCAGCAGUGUGACUUCGUCUGCUCCAACAAGCACAUCUUCCGCAAGCACAAGAAGCAAGGGCACCCCGGCAGCGAGCACCUGCAGUGCGGCUUCUGCCCCUAUGCCACCUUCAACCCCGUGCAGUUCCACGACCACGUGGGGAAGAUGCACGCCAACGAGAAGAUCCACAAGUGCACCGAGUGCAGCUUCGCCACGGCGCACAAGAGAGUGCUCAUCCGUCACAUGCUGCUGCACACGGGGGAAAAGCCUCACAAGUGUGAGCUCUGUGACUUCACCUGCCGGGACGUGAGCUACCUGUCCAAGCACAUGCUCACCCAUUCCAACGACAAGAACUACAUGUGCACUGAGUGUGGGUACGUCACCAAGUGGAAGCACUACUUGAACGUGCACAUGAGGAAGCACACCGGAGACCUCAGGUAUCAGUGCAACCAGUGUUCGUACCGCUGCCACCGGGCAGACCAGCUGAGCAGCCACAAACUGCGCCACCAGGGCAAGAGCCUGAUCUGCGAGGUGUGCGGCUUUGCCUGCAAGCGCAAGUACGAGCUGCAGAAGCACAUGCAGGUGAAGCACUCGCAGAACUACCAGAUGCCCGUCUUCCAGUGCCAGUAUUGCAGCUACCAGACCAAGUACAAGCAGGCCCUCCUCAACCACGAGAACUGCAAGCACACCAAGCAGAAGGAGUUCCGCUGCGCCCUCUGCUCCUACUGCACCUUCAGCAACACCAGCCUCUUCUUCCACAAGCGCAAGGCCCAUGGCUACGUGCCCGGCGACAAGGACUGGCUGGAGAACUACGCCAGCAAGGAGCUGGAGAUCAGCUCAGCAGACGUGCUGCUGAACUACGACAUCAGCGUGGCUCUGAGGUCCGACUCCAACUCCUCCCUGUCCGGGAAGGAGCUCUGGCAGAAAAGCAAACUCUCUGCCGUGGAACCCCAGCAAGAGGCUUCUCAGCAGGCUUUCGUUGUGCCCCUCCUUGACCGUGCCGCUGGGCAGCUGGGAGGCAGCGCUGAGAUGGCGCGUGGACUGGCAGAGGAAGAGAGGGGUCCUUCCACCGACAUGGGCCCCCUGGAAGAUUCCCGUGCGCAGGCCUCGUGCGCGAUGGCGGAGGACUCGGGGAUGCUGAAUGAUGCCGGCGACGCUGUCGAAAGCUGCACGUUGCACUUGGAGACGCUGGACGUCUCGGCAGACUCUGUGCUGAGGCUCGGGGCCAGCGAGCCUCCGGCAGCCCAGCCAGAGAAUGCAGAUGCCCUGAGCUGCAAGGACCCGGCCUAUGACGUUCUGAGCUCGCAGGACGCGCUGGUCCUGGAAGAGAACGACAACGGGCUCGAAGACGUCCCUGACUUCGAGGAAGAGCCGGAGGUCCAAGGGCAGGAGAGGCUGGAGGGCAGUGCUGGCGGCUUGGCCUGUACCGCAAAUGCAGCAGAGAGACACGAAAAGGACACUCAGCGGGGGCCUGAGGAUCGCUGCGACGGGCAGUGCUCCGACGUGCCCAGCAUGGCCUCCGAUCCCAACGCAGUGCCAGAGACUAGAGAGGCCAGUAUGCAAGAGGCCUGGUUUAGCAUCAUAAAGCCAGCUGAGCAGGGCCAUUUUUCUGCCCCCGGAGACCCAGCCUCCCCGUGCGCCGAGGCCAAGGCGGGGCCGCCGUCGGAGUUGGUGCUGAAAGCUCUCCGGAAGCAGGACAAGGAGCAAGCGGAAACGCUGGUCUUAGAAGGGAGGGUGCAGAUGCUGGUGGUUCAGUCGGAGAGCCAGAUCUUCAAGUGCGAGACGUGCUCCUACAUCACGCGGAAGGAGAAGUCCAUGGCCCUGCAUGUCAAGGCCGGCUGCCAGAGCCGGAAAUCCCCGCUGGUGUGUCGGGAGUGCGGUGCCAGCUUUAAGCAGCAGCGGGGACUCAACACCCACCUCCUCAAGAAGUGCCCCGUGAUCCUGAGAAAGAACAAGCCGCUAAAGCCCGCCGUUCAGGAGCAGCCGGGCAGUGCAGGCGUGGAGAAUGGCAGAGGAGGCUCGGAGGACGGGGAAGCGAGCAGCAUUCCCAAGCCCCCCUGGGAGCUAGAUCGGGUGCCUGUGAAAGCAUCCUCCACGAGCAGGCCCUUCCCCGAGGCACCGUCGGUGGGCAGCCCAGCCCCCAGCAAGGCACUUGAGGAUGCAGCUGAGACCACGGUGGCAGAACUGCCCGUGCCAGGAGACCGUGCCCAAGUGGAGGAAGCCAAGUGUCCGUCCCUGCCUGAGAAAUACCGGCUGGAGCAGGGAAAGCUCCACUGCAACGCCUGCUCUUUCGUCUGCUCCAGGGUCUCCACCAUCAGCUCCCACGUGGAGGACGGGUGCCGGAGCCUGGAGCAGUUCCGAUGCUCCCUGUGCUCAGAGGCCUUCCGGUCCAGGCGGGCCCUGAAAAGCCACCAGUUGGAAAAGCACGUCAAGCUGGAGUCCUCCCGGCCUGCGGGAGAGGAAGGCAGCGCACGCGCCAGGCCGCUGGAGGAAGGAGCGGCUCCGGAUGGGCCCCGAGAGACCAGACCAGCCGGCAAAGGGAAGGGCCAGCCCAGCAAGGCCGUGGGCGUGACGGCUGCCAGGAAAGCUGCCCGGUGCAAGAGGCGGCGCUUCUCCUGCCCCACCUGCCCCUUCACCUGCCACCAGGAGCGGGCCAUGAAGACGCACAAGAAGCGAGGCUGCGUCAAGCUGGACGAGUUCCACUGCCCCGCGUGCCCCUUCACCUCCAAGGGGGCCAACGCCCUGCGGCUGCACCGCAGGCUACACCGCAAGUACCGCAGCAAGCGGCCCCCGCUGCAGUGCCGGCAGUGCGACUUCACCUGCAAGCAGGCCCGCUGCCUCCGCCAGCACGUCCACAUCAAGCACGAGGGGGUGAAGCCCCACAAGUGCCUCUACUGCGACUUCAGCACCACGCGGCGCUACCGGCUGGAGGCCCACGAGUCGCUGCACACCGGGGUGGGCCGGAUCGCCUGCAGCGUCUGCAGCCAGACCUUCGGCACCAACUCCAAGCUGCGCAUCCACAACCUGCGGGUCCACGAGAAGAAACCCACGCACUUCUGCCUCCUGUGUGACUACAGCGGCUACCUGCAGAACGACAUCACCCGCCACGUGAACAGCUGCCACCGGGGGGAGCUGCAGUUCUCCUGCGCGCGCUGCGAGGCCCGCUUCAGCUCCGAGACGGCCCUCAAGCAGCACGUGCUGCGCCGGCACGAGGAGAAAGUCUCCCACCGCUGCCCGCACUGCAGCUUCGUGUGCCACAGCGAGGCCACGCUCAAGUGCCACGCCCAGAAGCAGCACCCCCACCUGGAGUGCGGCACCUGCAAGGAGAUCUUCGCCAGCCGGGAGGCGCUGGAGGAGCACAAGACGCUGCACUUCAGCCACCGCUGCGACCACUGCAGCUUCGCCGCCAAGGAGCGGCAGCAGCUGGUGCGUCACUACGUGGAGAGCCACGAGCCCGCCGCGGCGCAGGACAGGCCGCUCAAGUGUCCCUUCUGCGACUUCGCCUGCCACCACCAGCUGGUCUUCGACCACCACGUGAAGGGCCACGGGGGCACCCGCGUCUACAAGUGCGCCGACUGCGACUACACCACCAAGAACAAGCAGAAGAUCACAUGGCACAUCAGGAUCCACACCGGAGAGAAGCCGUACAAGUGUCAGCUGUGCAAGUACGCCUGCGCUGACCCCUCGCGCCUAAAGUACCACAUGCGAAUCCAUAAGGAGGAACGAAAGUACCUUUGUCCGGACUGCGGCUACAAGUGCAAAUGGGUGAAUCAGCUGAAGUAUCACAUGACCAAACACACAGGUCUCAAGCCCUACCAGUGUGAUGAGUGUGAGUACUGCACCAACCGAGCCGACGCGCUGCGCAUCCACAAGGAGACACGGCACCGCGACACCCGCUCCUUCAUCUGCGAGCAGUGCGGCAAGGCCUUCAAGACCCGCUUCCUCCUCAAGACCCACCUGAAGAAACACAGCGAGGAGAAGCCUUACGUCUGCAACGUCUGCCACCGUGGCUUCCGCUGGGCGGCUGGCCUGCGCCACCACUACCUCACCCACACCAACGAGCACCCCUUCUUCUGCCGCUACUGCAGCUACAAGGCCAAGCAGAAGUUCCAGGUCAUCAAACACAUCCAGCGGCACCACCCCGACUGCGGCCCGGGCGACCUCAGCCAAGGGGUCGGCAAGGACGCCAGCACCCCCACGCUGCACCUCCAUGACGUCCAGCUGGAGCCCCCCAAACCGGAAGGCGAGGACGCGGUCCAGUCAUCGGGGCAGGGCUAGGCUGGAGAGAGGCCAUCUCCCCUCGCACUCUGAGCCCGAGAGAGGGCCCAGGGCCAAAUCCUCAUGAGCCUCGCUCGGCGCUACUGCAAGUCCCCGUUGGCUCGCUGCAGGCACAGGCCCUGUUUAAAGUGUAUGUGUGUGUAUAGGCAAAUGUGUAUAUGGGAUGUAAAAUAUGCGGUUGUAUAAAAGGACUCUCUGAACUCGUU